CAUAUACCCGCGAGCCUCCUUAACUAAGUGUUUGAAUAAAAACAAGUUCUUUACUGUAAAAUAUUCGUAAAUUAUGGGUUGUCCGUUUUAACCAAAUUAAAGAAUAAUGUAUCUCCUCACAUAGCUUAAAGGUGGUACCCAACACUUUCACUACAAUUAAUUUGUCUCGUUUAAUUUUCAUAAAAUGUUGGCAAAGUAUUAACUUUGACAAAAAUAUAAAACUUUCAAUAAUUUUGAACCAAGCAAUUCAUCAGAAAGAAUACACUGGUUAUAUCGCAGUUUGACAAGAACUAAUUUUGAUCAUUGAGCAGCUUAAUAUUCACCUAACAACACAAAACCAUUAAAACGUUUAGGUGAUUUUUACAGAGUUAUCUCCCUGUAGUGUUAGGCACCACCUUAAAAUUACAAUAAAUGGGCUCGAUAACAUGCAGCACAAUUAAGUGUGUAUUAUAGACUAGACGCCAUCUUAUUAACCAUCAAAGUUUCCUCCGAAGAAUGCCGACGAUUUGACUUUAACGAUCCAGUUUUUCUACGUCUGCUUGGAAAUAUAGACUAUUUAUUUAAAAAUAAUGCGGGAGUGGAAAAUAUGAUACCUUUACUUACUUAUCUGAAUCCAUUUAGUAAGGUACCUAAGAUCAUAAAGAAUCGCAUGGAAAUUCAAGAUUACAUUCGUUCUAGAAUAGACGACGAACGACGAUCGUUUGAUCCAAACAAUGUUCGACACUUUUUGGAUCUUUACCUUCAACAGGAAGGAAAGUCUAACAGUAAAAUAUCAGAGAACCACUUGUUUCUCACUAUAGCUGAUCUGUAUCUAGCUGGCACUGAUACAACAUCUGUGACAUUACAAUGGACCAUGCUCUAUAUGAUAAAAUAUCCGGAUGUACAGAAAAAAUGCAGAGAUCAAAUUUUGGAGGUGAUUGGUGAAGAUAGAGACCCAGUUGGCAAAGACAAAGAUAACUUACCGUAUGUAAUGGCCACCAUACAGGAAGUACAAAGAAUAGCAACUAUAGCACCACUAGCCGUACCACAUCUUGCAGUUGAAGACAUUGAAAUAGAUGGAAUGACAAUUCCAAAGAAUGCUAUAAUAUUUCCUAGCUUGAUGUCGGUACAUCGUGAUCCAACUUUAUGGGAGGAACCGGAUGUAUUCAGACCAGAGCGAUUUUUACAAAAUGACAAAUUUGUUAAAAAAAAAGGUUUUUCUGCCUUUUCAAUGGGUCCUCGAAUUUGUUUAGGAAAGCAAUUAGCUGAAUCUGAACUUUUACUGAUAUUUGUGUCCAUAUUACAACGAUUUGACCUGUCUAAAGCUGAAGAGAAUGAUGAGCUACCAAUAGAUGGGAUCAUGAAUGGGAUAACACAGCAACCAAAGAACUUUCAAAUGUGUUUUCUACCAAGACAGUAAACUGAAUCUAUUUUAAGACUGUUUUUUUACAAAACCGUAAACUAAAUCUGUUAUAAGACUGUUUGUUUUUAUCAAGACAGUAAACAGCAUGUUUUAUAAGAAUGUUUUAUAUAAAUGUGAUAAAAUAA